AAAGUGGAUCUCGGCGCGCCAGAGAGGCGCUGUCUCUUUAAGAGGAUGCCAAAGCCGAUUACAUCUGCUCUCAACAGUGAUUCUGUCUCACCGUCUGUCCACUACUAUUGCUUAUUUUGCUGUACUGCAUGAGCUAAACGCGUGGACAGACAGGGUUGUUCGUCGGGGUUGAAACUUUUCUUCAGGUCAGAAUGGAUUGGGCUCCGAACUCGUUUGGAUGAGUCGCUUAUGUGCAGUGCGCUUCAGCUCGUCAACUUUCCCGUGCGCAUUUCUCCAAACAUCCUUGGUGAAAAGUUAAAAUCACAUGGGAUAUGGUGACAAACAAGUGAAUACACAUUAAACCAAGACGGAAAAUGCAGAAGAGUGUUCGGUACAAUGAGGGACACGCUCUGUAUCUCUCCGUUAUCGCGCGUAAAGAGGGCACCAAGCGAGGUUAUCUCAGCAAGAAGACCACAGAAAACAGUAAAUGGCAUGAGAAGUUUUUUGCACUUUAUCAGAAUGUUUUAUUUUACUUCGACACCGACCAGAGUGCUCGACCAUCAGGGAUAUAUCUUCUGGAAGGAUGCACAUGUGAGCGAGUCCCUGCGCUCAAGGUGUCCACUGUUGGCAGAGACGCACUUGACAAGCUGCAUUAUUUCCUCGUCGUCUUCGGGCAUGAUGGACAGAAGCCUCUGGAACUUCGGACAGAGGAGGAGCCAGACUGUGAUGAAUGGGUGGAGGCCAUCCAGCAGGCCAGCUACUCUGACAUCAUCAUCGAGCGUGAGGUUCUUAUGCAGAAGUACAUCCACCUGGUGCAGAUUGUGGAGACAGAGAAGGUGGCAGCCAAUCAGCUCCGCACACAACUGGAAGACCAAGACACAGAGAUUGAGAGGCUUAAAUCUGAGAUUGUAGCCUUGAACAAAACUAAGGAAAGAAUGCGUCCCUACCAUGUUUACCAAGAAGAGGAGGAUCCUGAUAUAAAAAAAAUCAAAAAGGUCCAGAGCUUCAUGCGAGGGUGGCUGUGUAGAAGGAAAUGGAAGAUUAUUGUGCAGGACUACAUCUGUUCUCCUCAUGCUGAGAGCAUGCGGAAGAGGAACCAGAUCGUCUUCAACAUGGUGGAGGCUGAGACAGAGUAUGUCCAUCAGCUUUCCAUCCUGGUCAACUGCUUCCUGAGGCCACUCAGAAUGGCCGCCAGCUCCAAGAAACCACCCAUUAGCCACGAUGAUACCAGUAGCAUCUUCCUUAACAGUGAGACAAUCAUGUUCCUACAUGAAAUAUUCCAUCAGGGACUGAAGGCGAGGAUAGCAAACUGGCCCACACUGGUUCUAGCGGACCUCUUUGAUAUCUUGCUGCCAAUGCUGAACAUCUAUCAGGAGUUUGUGAGGAACCACCAGUACAGUCUUCAGGUUCUGGCCAACUGUAAGCAGAACCGGGACUUUGACAAACUCCUGAAGCAGUACGAAUCCAAUGCUGCGUGUGAGGGGAGGAUGCUGGAAACCUUCCUCACAUACCCCAUGUUUCAGAUCCCUCGUUAUAUCAUCACUCUCCAUGAGCUACUGGCUCAUACACCUCAUGAGCAUGUGGAAAGGAAAAGUCUAGAGUUUGCCAAGUCUAAACUGGAGGAACUCUCCAGGGUGAUGCACGAUGAAGUGAGUGACACAGAAAACAUCCGUAAGAACCUGGCUAUUGAGCGCAUGAUCGUGGAGGGCUGUGACAUCCUCCUUGACACCAGCCAGACGUUUGUGAGACAAGGCUCUUUGAUCCAGUUGCCCUCAGUGGAGAGAGGGAAGCUCAGUAAGGUGCGUCUAGGCUCUCUCUCACUCAAAAAGGAAGGGGAGAGACAGUGCUUCCUCUUCACCAAGCACUUUCUUAUCUGCACACGCAGCUCAGGAGGCAAACUUCACCUGCUCAAACAAGGUGGUGUACUGUCCCUGAUUGAGUGCACUCUCAUCGAGGAGCCUGAUGCUAAUGACGAAGAUGCUAAGAACUCGGGGCAGGUGUUUGGACACCUGGACUUUAAGAUUGUGGUAGAGCCCUCAGAUGCUCCUGCCUUCACUGUGGUGCUGCUGGCACCAUCCCGUCAGGAGAAAGCGGCCUGGACCAGCGACAUCAGCCAGUGCAUCGAUAACAUCCGCUGUAAUGGACUGAUGACCUGCGUGUUUGAGGAGAACUCAAAAGUCACAGUGCCACACAUGAUCAAAUCCGAUGCGCGUCUCCAUAAAGAUGAUGUUGACAUUUGCUUCAGUAAGACGCUCAACUCCUGCAAGGUUCCUCAGAUCCGCUACGCCAGCGUGGAGAGACUGCUGGAGAGGCUGACCGACCUGCGCUUCCUCUCCAUAGACUUCCUCAACACCUUCCUGCACACCUACCGAAUCUUCACCACUGCCACCGUGGUCAUGGAGAAACUGGCUGACAUCUACAAGAAGCCUUUUACAUCCAUACCAGUCAGAUCCCUGGAGCUUUUUUUCGCCACCAACCAGAACAAUCGCAGUGGGGACCACGUAAAUGACAAAUCCCCCAGACUGUGUCGCAAGUUCUCAUCUCCUCCACCUCUCUCCAUCCCCUCCCGUACUUCCUCUCCGGUUCGCAUCAGGAAACUUUCUCUUAAUUCCCCUAUUGGCUCAAAAGUGGGCAUCCUGGAUCUGUCCACGACCUCGUCAUCUGCAGCCAGUAGUCCAACCUCUGCCAAUCCCACCAUCUCACCCCCACCAUCCAACAACAACAACAAGCCCCCUUUGGAUCUUAGCCGUGGACAAAGUCCAUCUUCCCCCGAACAGAGCCUUGGAGCUCCGGAUGAGAAUGCAGAAGUGCCGAGAAUCGAUGCCCUCUGCGGUAAACUGCGUCACAGCAUCAGGAGAGCUGUGCUGGAGUCAGUGUCUUUGGACAAAUUUAUUCCAGAGUCGCCACAAGGCAGUGAACCAGGAGAAAUCUCUCCCUGCCGCUCACCCUCCUCUCCACGCCACCUCCGCUACAGACAGUCAGGAGUCCAGUCAGCUGAGAACUCGCGCUGCUCUGUUUCUCCUGCCUCUGCGUUUGCUAUCGCCACAGCAGCAGCUGGACACAGCAGUCCUCCAGUUUUUAACAAUUCUGAGCGGACUUGUGACAAGGAGUUCAUUAUACGUCGUGCGGCUACCAACAGAGUCCUGAAUGUCCUGCGCCAUUGGGUCUCCAAACACUCCCAGGACUUUGAAAUGAAUGGAGAGCUGAAGAUGGGUGUGAUCUGCCUGCUAGAGGAGGUGUUGAGAGACCCUGACCUUCUUCCCCAGGAGAGGAAAGCCACAGUAAACAUAUUAAGUGCCCUCUCUCAAGAUGACCAGGACGAUGCCCAGCUGAAGAUUGAAGACAUUCUUCAGAUGGCUGAAUGCCCAAAGACUGAGUGUUUUGAGUCUCUCUCAGCGAUGGAGCUAGCUGAACAAAUCACUCUUCUCGAUCACAUCGUCUUCAGGAGCAUUCCCUACGAGGAGUUCCUGGGCCAAGGAUGGAUGAAGACAGACAAGACAGAGAGAACUCCAUACAUCAUGAAGACAAGUCAGCACUUCAAUGAUAUGAGUAAUCUCGUGGCCUCUCAGAUCAUGAGCCACACAGAUGUGGGCUCUAGAGCCAGCUCUAUUGAAAAAUGGGUAGCAGUGGCUGAUAUUUGCCGCUGUCUCAACAAUUAUAAUGGUGUCUUGGAGAUCACGUCUGCCCUGAACAGGAGCGCCAUCUACAGGCUGAAGAAGACAUGGGCUAAAGUGUGCAAACAGACUAAAGCACUGAUGGACAAACUUCAAAAGACCGUGUCAUCUGAGGGAAGGUUUAAAAACCUGAGGGAAACUCUAAAAAACUGUAAUCCACCUUGUGUUCCAUAUCUGGGCAUGUACUUGACAGACCUCGCAUUUAUCGAAGAGGGAACACCAAACUUCACAGAGGAAGGUCUGGUUAACUUCUCAAAGAUGAGAAUGAUAUCUCAUAUCAUACGAGAGAUCCGACAGUUCCAGCAAACUCCCUACAGAAUUGAGCACCAACCAAAGGUCACACAGUAUCUUCUGGAUAAGACCUUGAUCAUGGAUGAAGACACCCUGUAUGACUUGUCUCUCAAGAUUGAACCCAGGCUUCCUGCAUGAACUUCAACCUCAGAACCUGGCAGCUUCCAUCUAGAUGUGCUUCUCACUCUUGGGAUGUUUUGAAGGCAUGAAGCAUGCCUACUGUUUGAGAAAGAGGGAUGAAUUUCCAUUUGAAAGUGUGAAAAAGUAGAGGGUUCAGGUUUGGAGAAGAGUAUUAAACAGUGCUCAUCACCAUAAUGUCCCCUGAAGGGUGACUUUUAUCAUGGAAGGAAUGAAGGAUGAAAACUGGCCACUGUCAGAGUUUUCAGGGUCGAGCAGAUGGAUUCAGUCUAAAUUGUGAAGAGAGUGGUUGAAGAUAUGUAGCAUGUACAGAAGUAGAGCUGUUAGCCAGAUCUUAUGUAGUGUAUUGUGGCCCCUCGGGCCUGUGGCCCUUGGCACAUCCCCUCAUUGGUAAUGGUAGUGACUUUGUGCAUGAACUAGACUAUGGAUAUGCUGUGUGCUUUGCCUCAACUUUACACUCCAUGUGCCGUCCCAUCUGCCAACAGCUGGCUGCAUUGAACCAAAAUGCCACAUGAAAAUUUUAAAAGAUACAUCAGACUUCUAAGUAAUGGGAAUGUAUAGUAGCUUUCUAAAAUAGUAACCAGUUGUAGAUGAUAUUUAUAUUUCGUGAUAGCCCCUGAAGCUAUGUGAGCUCUAUAAAAAUCAGUUGCUUAUUGUGCCUUCUCAUAUUCACAGACACUUGUAAAUGAAAACCAAUGUCUCAGCAAUGCUUAAAAGUUUGGCUAAUAUUGGCCUGUGUAGCAAAGUGAUGACAGAAUGGAGAUAUUGAAACUAUUUAAACUAAUAAAUACAAGUAUACUGUAAAUUAGCAUUUUCUGCUCAAAUUCAGCAUAAAGGCCUGUUCAUACCAAGGGCAAUAAAGUUAAAGUUUUAAAAAUCAUUCUAAAUCAAGAGCAGAGUUCAUGCCACAAGGACCAAUAUUGUUGGCAUCCACUUUUUCCAGUUUAUAAAUGAGCAUUUUAAGAGGCAGACAACAUAACUGCUCCUUUAAUACAAUAAACACCGUUAACAUUGUUCUUUGGUGUGGACGCUAAUUUAGUUAUCUUUAUAGUGAUUCGUUUUUGGUGUGAACAGGCCUUAAUUUUAAAACCUCUUACUUUAAUAGCCUCGGCUUGCAGAUAUGAUCAAUUUACAGAAGGUUGCAUCAUCCAUGCAUUACAAACUACACGUUGACAUGCUUGUGCAACGCAAACCUUUUCUGGUCUGAUUUUACAGUAAAUUGAGGCUUUGCCGCCCCCUAUUGGAGGAAAAGUUUAUAAUCGCUGAAUGAUUCUUAACCAAAUCUGACUCACAAGUUCUUCAAUAAUCAUUGUUUUCCUGCUUUUUAAUGUAAUGACCCCACUGGUCAACUAUCCAGAAAAGUGGGUCUCUCCAUAAUUUGCAUGAAAAAUUCAGUGAUCGCAUGUUUGGAAAUUGCAUUGCAAGACAUGUUUUGUGGUCAUGUGUGUCAUUCAGCUGCUGUGUAGCCUUUUUUAAACUCUCUAGAAACCUCAAGUAAAACAGAUAUAUACAUAUAUUUAUCUUCUCAUCUGACUGCACUUCUUUAUCUAAAUACUUUGAUCAUAAUAGCUGGAGAUUUCAUAUGCAUAGACUGGCAGGGAACUGUCAUAUUGGCCAUAAAUAUAUAUCUACCACUGUGCUGUAUGAAGACAAUGUUGUUUUUGUCUGAUCUUUCCUUUCUUCAGAGUGGGAUGGAUUUCUGUUCUUUAUGUGCGAGCGUGUGAAAGGUAGGAGAGCUUGUAGGUGUGAAUGUGAUCUCAGAGGGGUUUGGGUUGGAAAGGUGCGAGUUACACUCUCAGCAAUGUAGCGUUGUUAUCUUUAAACGAGUGUGAAUCAGUACUAUUUAUUUCCUGGCGUAUUUAUUUAACCCUUUUUGUAUAUAGUGCGUCAAUAUGGGUUUAUGACAUAAUGUGAUUUUUGUCACAAUCCAUUGCCAUGUAAUAUUUUAAUUUCUGCAAGCAUUGUUACAUUUUGCUAAAUGUGUUUUUAAAAAAAUGUAGCAUAUAUGAUUAAUUUACAAUCCUUUGUCCUUUUUUCUCUCUAUUUUUAUGGGUUUAGUGUGUUGUGCACACAGAAUUGUUGCUUUGGUAUGUUGCAUGUCUUUGCAUGUUCAAGUUUGAUUCCUUCUGUGAAAUCUGCUUUUUGUACAAACUAUUUUUCCUUCCUCUUUAUUUUAUCACUGUUUCUCUUGGAGAAUGUAUGGCUUCUGUACUUAACUUCCAUGCUUUCAUUACAAAUAAACAUAUCAAACAAACAA